AGCUUUAUCCUCUAUCCAGCGCGUGGCAUACCGACGACAAAGAGGUGACUGGAAUUCCUCUUUCCUCUGCACCAGACUAUCACCUCUGUUCUCCACCUCUAACCUUGCAAUUGUCCUCCCCUUCUGCAUCGUUAGGGUUUUUCUGGAGGGGUCGUUCUCACACCUCUCUCUCUCUCUAUAUAUACAUAUAUACUUUUCAGAUCUGUUUCUCAACCUCUAAGAAAAUGUACGGAUUUGAAGCCCUUACCUUCAAUAUUCAUGGCGGUUACCUCGAAGCAAUCGUGAGGGGCCACAGAUCUGGUUUGCUCACCGCUGCCGAUUACAACAAUUUGUGCCAGUGCGAAACCCUAGACGACAUCAAGAUGCACCUCUCUGCCACCGAAUACGGGCCUUAUCUCCAAAAUGAACCCUCCCCGUUGCAUACAACUACAAUUGUGGAGAAAUGCACCCUUAAGCUGGUUGAUGAGUAUAAGCACAUGUUAUGCCAAGCCACAGAGCCUUUGUCAACCUUCUUAGAGUAUAUCACAUAUGGUCACAUGAUUGACAAUGUUGUCCUGAUUGUUACUGGAACCUUGCAUGAGAGAGAUGUCCAGGAACUGUUAGAGAAAUGUCAUCCUUUGGGCAUGUUUGACAGCAUUGCUACCCUAGCAGUUGCGCAAAAUAUGCGAGAGCUUUAUAGACUGGUUCUUGUUGACACACCAUUGGCUCCAUAUUUCUCUGAGUGUAUCACAUCCGAGGACUUGGAUGACAUGAACAUUGAAAUUAUGAGGAACACUCUUUACAAGGCAUACCUAGAAGAUUUCUACAGGUUUUGUCAGAAACUUGGUGGUGCCACAGCAGAGAUCAUGUCUGACCUUCUUUCCUUUGAGGCUGACAGAAGAGCUGUUAAUAUCACAAUAAACAGCAUUGGCACUGAGCUUACCCGAGAUGAUCGUAGGAAGCUGUACUCUGGUUUUGGGUUACUUUACCCCUAUGGUCAUGAGGAACUUGCUGUCUGUGAGGAUAUAGACCAGGUUCGUGCUGUCAUGGAAAAAUACCCUCCUUAUCAGCCCAUAUUUGCUAAGUUAUCCUAUGGAGAGAGCCAGAUGCUUGACAAGGCAUUCUACGAAGAGGAGGUCAAAAGGCUUUGCUUGGCAUUCGAACAACAGUUCCAUUAUGCCGUGUUCUUUGCAUACAUGAGGUUAAGGGAGCAGGAGAUUAGGAACCUGAUGUGGAUAUCUGAAUGUGUUGCUCAGAAUCAGAAGUCCAGAGUGCAUGACAGUGUUGUUUUCAUAUUUUAGUUGAUUUACAAGUUUUAAGAGAAUUGAAGGCAUUUUGCUCAUUCUUCUGUAAAUGUUGUUCCAUUCCCUACCGAGUCGUGAUUUUUACGAGUUGCAGAGACUGGGCCUGCUGCAAUAUGUGCAACUUUAAUUUUUUUCUCAAAUAAGUGUAAUGUAUGAUGAAUUUGUUAUCUGGAAGAAUGAUUCCGUAUGUGUUCUCAGAUUCAUGUGUGUACUUAAAGUGAAUUUGAACGUUUUAUAUAUUUAUUUAUAAAUUGUGAUGGAUAUAGAGGUCGGGGAGAGUUGUCUUUUA